AUGGUUCGCGGGUUGACUGCUGCUGGUCUUGUAGCCCUGGCUACGCUCUCUGUCCAUGCCGAAGAGAACAAUAGCACCAUUACAACCAAGUUCCAAAAAGCCAACACGACUUAUGUUCCAGCGAUCACCAAGGUUCCAAAGGCCGUGUGGACCGUCUUGAACGGUGUGGUCGGUGGGAGACUCUACACUAACGGCGCACCUUUCUCGAGGCCAUGCUUUGCCAAUGGAACUUCAACUGGCUCAUUGAACGCGAACACUUGCUCAUCUAUUCAAGCGAAUUAUUUGAGCAAUGUGUUCAGAGCUGAUCACAUUGGUGCUUACAUCAAUGCAAACCCAAUGGGAGACUUGCCAGAAGACGCAAGAAAAUUGUUAUCUCGACUAUACCAACCCAUCCAACCCAGCCGCAUUCACGCCCCCAGCGACAUGUGCACAGGGCGGCGUAUCGGCCUAUUAUGCAAGUCCCCUUCCCGUUCAUUGUUCCCCAAACUCAUCGACGUCCGGAACGGAGUCGACGUCAUCGCUGCGUUUGUCUUUUCCCGAUUGACAUCUGUUCCGUUGGUUAUUAAAAACUCCGGGCACGAUUACAAAGGGCGUUCGAGCGCCCCAAACGCAUUGACGCUCUGGACGCACAACAUCAAAUACAUCAACUACAAUGCCAAAUUCCAACCUGAUUCAUGCUCUUCUGUCGCCGCCACCCCUGCGGUCACCUAUGGCGCAGGACAGGACCUUGCAUCCCUGUACCAAUUCGCAGAAGACAACGGCCUUACCUUCCUUGGUGGUACUGACAAGACCGUCGGAGCCGCCGGAGGGUGGGUCCAAGGUGGAGGGCACGGCAUGUUAUCCAACACGCUAGGCCUCGGCGUCGACCGCGUUUUGCAAUUCAAAGUCGUCACUCCAGACGGUUUAACCCGCACCGCCAAUGCAUGCCAAAACUCGGAUCUAUUCUGGGCGCUCCGAGGUGGAGGUGGUGGCACGUUCGGUGUCGUUCUUGAAGCUACGAGCCGGGUCGAGCCUAAAAUCCCCACUCAAAGUAUUUUCGUCAAGUUCAACCCCGUCACGGCGCAUGUUGUCGCAUACAUGAGUACAAUUAUUGAAAAUUCGGUUCAAUGGGCCGAGGAUGGAUGGGGAGGGUACAUUAGUCCUAAUUAUGCGAUCUUUGCGACGCCCAAGUUGAACCGGACGGAAGCCGAAGCGUCUAUGGCGCCAUUGACGCAGGUUGUGGCAUCGUUUGGGUCAGAUGUGAUCAAGAAUGAGUUUACCUCAUACGACACAUUUUUGCCGUUGUUUAACAAUGUUGUUGCGAAUGCUGCUGCACCUGUUGGGAGACCAUUUACGAUGGCCACUCGUAUUGUUCCUGCCGCGAACUUUGUGACUGCCGAAGGACGCUCUGCACUUCUCAGCGCAAUGCUCUCUGCGUUCACUACCGUCGGAGGCGCCGCGCAAAUCAUGGUCACAGCUCCGUACAGCUACAAUGCGACAUCGCCUUCGGACGUUUCGGUCACUCCUGCGUGGCGAAAUGCUCUCUGGCACACAUUGCUUGUCGGAUUCUGGAACUAUAAUUCCACGGCUGAGCAACAGGCUGCGGUGUAUAGCACUGUCAGUGCGGCGGCCGACAAGUUGAGAGCGAUUACUCCCGGGUCCGGUGCGUACCAGAACGAGGCGGAUGUGAGCGAGCCAGAUCAUGAGAACUCGUUCUGGGGAUCGAAUUACGACAGACUAGUGUCGAUUAAGAAGAAGUAUGAUCCUAAGGGACUGUUGGAUUGCUGGCACUGCACGCCCCCGUCACGAUCCAGCACGCCAUACGCCGAAGAGUGUAUACUCGUCAUCCGAGUCAACGACAACAGACUGGAUUCAUAG